CCUAACAUUUUUUAAAAACAGAUCCACAUCACCUGUGUUUACAACGAACUGUCAGCUAUCACAAAGAAAAACCUUGUUUCUAAAUGUUUGCUGCUUCGGCACUAUUAUGAAGAUGGCUCUUCCGAACGCUGUGGAAAAAUUGAACGAAGAGCUAGGCAGUGACAUCAAAAAUCUGAAAAGAUGUCACGAAAUAUUCGAAAGAGUGAAAGCAGAAAAAGAAGCAAUAGAGAAAAUGUUGUCAUUAGCAAGUAGUGAGGUUCCAUCUCGUGUCAGUGCAGCUGUGCAACAAGUUGAACAAACAUCUCAUCAGAUUGCUCGUCUCUCUGAUGAAAUGGCAAAUUUAGUGGAGAUCAGUAAUAAACCAUUAGAAGAAGGAGAAAAUAUCAUCAGUUCUUUGCAAGAUGACAUGGAUAAAAUACUUACUCUUGAAAGAACGAAGUCGUACUUAAAAUGGCUGCGUGCAGUUGAAGACUUAAGUUGUGAAUUGGAGUCAAGCUUGCAUGAGCAAGCUGAUGCCCGAUGUGUACACUUGUUCCAGCAGUUAAAGACAAUGUAUGAAGAAGUAUACGGUUCGCAAUGCUCUCAUUUCAUUGCAUUUUUGAGAGAGACACUACUUUUCUGGCAUACUGUACUAAAAUCACAGUUUUCAAAGGAGUUUGAGGAAAUUUUGCAAGUAAUUCGAUGGCCAUUUGUCAGCUCAAAUGGUGUGGUGACUUCUCCUCCUCCAGCAGAAACUCUAUCACGCUUUCAAAUUUUGACUGAAUACCUUUUAAAAUUACAAUUACCAAACGAAGCUGAAGAAGUAGUUGACUCAGCACUUUUGACAGAUACUCUUCCUCUUUCUCCGCCAUUACAACUUCUACUUCGUCCCUUACGACGUCGAUUUGUCUUCCAUUUUUGUCGUCCUGAUAAGGAAACAAGCAGACCGGACAAGCCAGAAUGGUGUUUCACUCAAGUACUUGCCUGGAUUCGAGAUCAUCAUCAAUUUGUUGAACAGUGGGUUCAACCAGUUAUGGACAACUUGUCACUUCAGCUUUCUGCAAGAACAGAGCUAAUUAGAGGACUUGUUCAAUUGGUUGCUGGAAAACUUCAUGCAGAGCUACCGACACUACAGUACGAUGAUCUACUAUUCUCACAUGCUGUGGAUGAAACCUUGUCUUUGGCUCGUGAACUCCGUGAUACCUAUGGGUAUAAUGAAAACACACUUUUGGCAGUCUUAACUCAAGCAUCAUUAUUUAUACGGUGGCUUCAUCUGGAGAAAAAACUUGCCUCUGAGAAGAUGGAUGCUUUACUGAGCUGUGAAACAGCCUGGUCACCACUUGGGCCUUCAGAUCUGGAUGACAUGAAAGUUACUGAAAGCAUUGAUAGUUUUCUUUCAUUACUUCAAGCAAUAACUGAAAGAUACAGUUGUCUCCCCCAACCUGGGCACAGGUUGCAGUUUCUUGAGCUCCAAUUGGAUCUGCUUGAUGAUUGGCGUGUGAGGUUACUUCAGUUAAUCCGAGUGGAACCUCAAGACCCUCUACAAUCCAAAUCACGUGUGCCGGCAAUAUUAAACUCAAUUAACUAUCUAACUUCAGUGCUCUCAGAAUGGGGAAGUAACAUACAUUUUCUUAGCUUACAAUAUUUUCAAAGUCAGCUUAAUUCUAGUAGAGAGACGCCAACUGAAAAGGAGUUGGAAGAUACAUCUGGCUCUGUCUUUGAUGAAAGUUUAGAGUUAUUUGAAAGGAUGAAGCAUGACCUAUUGAACACUAUCUGUGAAGCAGUUCUUUUGGAUGUGAAAGCCCCUAGCAGGCCGUACCGGAAAGAUAAGUGGUUUGUUAUGAGCUCUCCAACUGAACUUGUGAGUGCAACCCUCACGCCCAGCGCUUGUCCAAUGUUUAGAGUUCUUUCUUCACAUUUACACACACUGCAGCAAGUACUGGCUGUUCCUCUUUUUGUAAUGGCUUGGACUCAAAUAGCAAGUAGCCUAUCUCAGAGUAAAAGAAGCUUGCUCUUUGCUCACUAUGGCAAAGGGUUCAGCUCUUCUGUUGCAAGAAACCCUACAGGAGUGUUUACAAAGGGAAAGCAUUCAUGGGCAACCUACAGAUGACUCUGAACAAAGCAGUUGGGAUGUUCUGUCAGACCUAGGCUUACACACUAUGGAUGGGCAGAGUGCUCUAACUAUUCUUCAAUUACGAACUGAUAUAAUUCGAUCACCUUAAAGCUGCCUACAAAAAGUGAAAUAUAUCAUGGCUGUUGCUGUUGACUUGGUCCAAGUAAAGCAGUUUUUGCAAUAUGCAUCUCUCCCCAGGUUUUGCCUGUCUUCAUUACAACAGGCAAGGGCACUGAGAAGCUUGACAAGCUUUGGACUGCCAAUGUGGCUCCCUCCAUUGCUUCUUGUAAGACAUCUAAAUUUAACAAAACUCUUGAAAGUAGUAUCAGGAUACCCUGAUGUGUUGUUAGCACUUAAAGAAAUAUCUUACCUGUUAUAUGUAAGAGAUCAGAAUCUGGAACCUCCCACAAAAGUUCAUCAUGAAUUUGAAGAAGAAGCCGAGUGGUAUGAAGUUGACUUACUCUUACUGAAGCGAGAUGUCUUUGAGUGUGCACCAUUGCACAUUUACAGAGAUCUGCAGCCAUUCCUGAAAUUACAACCAAAGGUUUGCUUUAUGUCUUGAACCAUUUAGAAUUUCUUCCUUGGUUAAAAUCUCCUCAUACCUUGGAUCAGAAAGUUUACAGCCUGCCUUUCACUGUGCGUCCUCAAAUGAAAAUUUUCACUUUUUAUGUUUGGAAAUGAUCUUCGCCUACCACUUGCUGUUGCUAGAUAUCCUUGUUUACGGCAUAGGUCUAUGGUGUUCUUUGUAAAAUCUUGCAUUUUGGGGAAGGCAUCUAAGUAUCACAAUUGUAAGUCACAAUGUCAUCAUUAUGGCAGUCAAAUACACUUACUGUUAAUAUUUGCAAAACUUUAUGCUUCUACCUGAGAAUUUUUCUAAUAUUUUACUAGCAUGGUUGUAGUCUAUGUGAAGAAAUUCAGUAAGUUUGGAUGGACCUGCUCCAUACAUCAAAGCAUAAACAAUGCGUUUAGUUUUGUCUCGAUCUUCAACAGUGACCUUGUCAACAUCAGCUAUCUGAAGCCUAUAUCAGUGGCACUCCAUUAUUAACAAGAAAAGAAAUGAUUGACAUGGGCUUCUUGAGAACAUACAUAAAAUAUAGUCAGCUCACCAUUCUUUGCUUAGAAUUUUGAACACAUCUGUCUUUUGACUCAGUGCACUUAUUAGAGCAGCAUCUGUUGACAAGUGAGCAAAUACCCGAAGCUCUAUGUGUUGAAAGUCAGCAGCUAAGAAUGAGAAGCCAUCACGAGCCACAAAUGCUGUACGUAAGUCGAGGUCAGGCAUCAAAGGUUGCUUUGGAAUAGCCUGUAGGUUUGGUUCAUUUGAAGUUAUGCGGCCUGUUGCAGCUGAUAUUUGAUCCCUGUUGUAAAGAAAAGUAAAAGCAAAUUUUUAACAGUUAUUGCCAACUUGUUUUAUAAAAAUAACUUUUUAAUUUUUCACUUUGAUUUAAAAUUAUUUGUUCUAGCUGACCAUGUGGUGAAAAUACUAUCCCCAGAAAGAUGGCCUAGUACUGCAUCAACAUAAGUACUCUUAAGUUUGUGUAAGCCACGAAAUUCUAGAACAAUUCCAGGUAAUGGGUGUAGAUUUUUGAAUUUGUUGAGCUUUAAAAAAAGAAGUCAUACUUACAAAAUGCAAUUAAUUAUAGAUUUUGCCCUAUAUUUACAAAUUUAAAUCCCAUACCAUUGCCUCAGAUGUGCUUUUAUGUUGCUUGUUAGUUUCUUUUACACUUAUAUUGUGUUUAAGAUCCAGUUUCAAAUCUUCAUAUAGAAUUGUACUCAAUUGUUGUGGAGAGGUCAAUUGGAACGGCCUACCUGCUGCUUUGUAAGCAGCUUUUUGAAUAUCCUCUAAACGCCCCUGUAUGUUAACAACAACAGACAAAUCAUAUUUAGGAACAAUCAUUAGUAAGGCUCAUUAAGUUGUAAGUUUCAUAAGUUUUUGAGGGUUGAAUACCUUUAAAAGAGAUGCCAUUUUACGAAGCUUGUCUUUAUCUACUUUUAUUCCAUGCAAUUCCAUGCCUGUAGAUAAAGAUAGCUAUGUAUUGCAAAGCCAGAUACACCAAAAAAAAAAAAAAAAUGCUAAUGGAAAGUAUCAGAUAUAAUUUGUUAUACAUGCUAGGAUUGGAGUGACUCGCAUUUCUAUGUGUAGAAACAAUUUCCACAACCCAAAUCUUGUAAGCUUCUCAUACAAAACUUGUGCACAUUGUGAUAAUUUACAGAGUAGUUUCACUGCACCAUUACUAUCCUGGAUUGAAGUUCAAAUUAAAAAAAGAACCAUGAUGAAGAAAAGUAAUGAUACUGUAUUCACUUAAUACUUUAAGUAUAUAUUCUACAGACCUCACAAAGUUGCAAAAAAUUUAGGACAUCUUUAAAAGAAUGAGGAGGUUCAUCAGAGUUUAACAGCCAGCAUCCUACCAAAGGAUCUAAAAUCAGCCACUGAGAGGCAACUACAAAUCAAAAGGAAAAAUAAUGCAGUGUUUUUAUAGUUUUAAUGACUUUAAAGGUUGAAAAAGUUCUUACCUUCAGUUGCAUUUAAGCCAAACUUGUCUACAAACAGCUGAAUUAUUUCCUGGGCUUCAAAGCAUAUCUUUCUAGUUUUAUCAGACAUUAAGUUUUUAAGGAAAGCAGAGGACCAAGCUGUUUUGAGCAGACUAAGGGAGAUGUAUUGUAUAUCACAUUCCCACACAAAUCGCAGAAGAACCUUAUCAGGAUGUGAGGUUUUGCAGUCCUUUGAACGAUUUAGUUGGCAAAAUCCUUCCCUACAGAAAGAAAUAGAAGAAGAAAACAAAAGGAAAUGCUAUGUAGGAGUCAGUGAUGUUCUGUGUAAUAAGCAUUUACAGUUUUCUUACUUGUAUAACAGAGUGAUUGAUAUCUCUUGGAGAGAAGAUACAUUAUUGGUAAUUUUCUGAGUGAUUUCAUUUGCUAGGUUUUCAGUCAAUUCUUCAAACUCAAAUUUCUCACCAACUUGUUUUGAUAACUUUGUAGCAAGUUCUUGGAUUGUUUUCGCUGUUGACACAGGUCCAGUACUGUCCUGUAAUAGUUAUUUGCUAUCAACAGUUGAAACUUGUAGUUCCCAUAGAUAAAAACUAUUCAUUUUUGUAAUAUAAAUUACAAUAAACAAUGUAUUUAUUUACAGA